GUGAAUGAAGCAGGAUGAACUGGACGGGUUUGUACACUUUGCUGAGCGGCGUGAACCGGCACUCCACUGCCAUUGGCCGAGUAUGGCUGUCGGUUAUCUUCAUCUUCAGAAUCAUGGUGCUGGUGGUGGCUGCGGAGAGUGUAUGGGGUGAUGAGAAGUCUUCCUUCAUCUGCAACACCCUGCAACCCGGCUGCAACAGUGUCUGCUACGACCACUUCUUCCCCAUUUCCCAUGUGCGUCUGUGGGCUCUGCAGCUCAUCCUGGUGUCUACCCCGGCCCUCCUCGUGGCCAUGCAUGUGGCUCACCAGCAACACAUUGAGAAGAAAAUGCUGCGGCUGGAGGGCCACGGGGACCCCAUCCACCUGGAAGAGGUCAAGAGGCACAAGGUGCACAUCUCAGGGACACUAUGGUGGACCUAUGUGAUCAGCGUGGUGUUCCGGCUGCUCUUCGAAGCCGUCUUCAUGUAUGUCUUCUACCUGCUCUACCCUGGCUAUGCCAUGGUGCGGCUAGUUAAGUGUGAGGCCUAUCCCUGCCCCAACACUGUGGACUGCUUUGUGUCCCGUCCCACCGAGAAAACUGUCUUCACUGUCUUCAUGCUGGCUGCCUCUGGUAUCUGCAUCAUCCUCAAUGUGGCUGAGGUGGUGUACCUCAUUAUCCGGGCCUGCGCCCGCCGAGCUCAGCGCCGCUCCAAUCCACCCUCCCGCAAGGGCUCGGGCUUUGGCCACCGCCUCUCACCUGAGUACAAGCAGAAUGAGAUCAACAAGCUGCUGAGCGAGCAGGAUGGCUCCCUGAAAGACAUACUGCGCCGCAGCCCAGGCACCGGGGCCGGGCUAGCGGAGAAGAGUGACCGCUGCUCUGCCUGCUGAUGCCACAGACCAGGCAACUUCCCAUCCCACCCCCUGCCUGCCCUGGGGUCUGCCCCCUCCUUGCCGCCCCUACCCCCGUGCUGGUGCACAGGCCUCUGUUAGGAUUACCCCAUCCCUUCCUGCCUCCCCACCCUCCCUCCCCCUUCCUUCCCAGGGCCUUCAGUCUGAGGAGUUAGACCAGUGGGGAGCAGGUGGCCAACUCAACUGCCACCCUUGCUCAAAGUUACUGGGGAUGUGGGCAACUCUUCCUGCCUGCAACACCACCCCCCCUCCACUUCCUCUUCUCUCUCCCUCUCCCUGGGACUGCUGGGGACCAGGGACAGGAUGAUCUGACAGCAUAUCCAAUUCUGAAACUAAUCUUAACCUGGUGCUGUCGGAUACUCUAUUGCUAGUCACAUCAGUGGGGGAGGGCUGCAAGUGAGCAAGAUAGAGGGGCUGCUGUGGCGUGUGGGUGGAGAAGGGAGGGGAACUAAGCCCAAGACUAGGAGGGACAGCACCAACCAGCCCCACCAGGACAAGAC